AUGUACAACCUAUGCUCUUCACAGCUGCGUGUCUUUGAGCACCGGAAACUCGAUCUUCUUUACUUCAUUCACUUUAGCUCUGCGCUACCUUUGAUGCUAUUAGUUGAUUUGCAAGUUAUUUACCCGCCAAUCAUCGUACCCGCAUUCAUGAUUGACUUAAAGGCUUUUUAUGUUGAGACAUUCGACGAUCGCUUCUUUCGAACGCCGCCGCCCUUCUUCCAGCUCUUUGUUUGGCUCGAGAUUUUAUACCAGGCACCUGUGAUUGCUUGGAGUCUCGGCGGCCUCUACCGCAAUUCCUCAAAGGUACCGCUGGUGCUGCUCCCGUAUGCCUUGGUUGUCUUUCUCACUACCCUGACGUGCAUCGUGGAAUAUUCUUUCUGGGACACGCUAUUGUAUCAGAAGAUAUGCUUGACUGCGCUUUAUGGUCCGUAUUUGGCUUUAUCGGCUUUAAUGGCUUCUGAUAUGUAUCUUCGUCUCGAUAAGAUGAUUAACACUAAAGAUACUCUUCGAAAAAAAAGUAGACUUGAAUAA